AUGUCUAUUCAGACAAAUCGCGCCGAACCUAGUUCUCCUAAUGCUCAUACAGAUUUCACAUGUAAUCAAGAGCAACAGCUAAGCUCAAUUAGCAGAUCAAUUGAAGAAAUGAAUUCGGACAAAAAUGAAACAUUGCCUAACGAAAAGAAAGCCCUCAAACGACAUCUCGGUCUAUUUUCUGGAAUCUCGUUCAUACUUGGCACGAUCAUUGGUUCGGGAAUAUUUAUUUCGCCAAAAGGUGUUCUAAAACAGACAGAAUCGAUAGGAUUAUGUUUGGUAGUAUGGGGAUUAUGUGGUCUCAUAUCUAUAUUGGGUGCAUUAUGCUAUGCAGAAAUAGGCACAGUUAUACCGCUGAGUGGUUCCGAAUUAGCUUAUAUGCGAGAAGGUUAUACUGAAAACUUAAAAACUGGCUUUGAUGGUACAACAAGCAAUCCAUUAAGUAUUUCACUUGCUUUCUAUUCAGGCCUUUGGGCAUACGGUGGAUGGGCAAGUUUGAAUUCGGUGACCGAAGAGCUUAAAAACCCGAAAAGAAAUUUGUGGCUGUCAAUUGUGGUGGCUCUUUCAUCAGUAAUUGUCCUAUAUCUUCUCACGAACAUAUCCUAUUUUACAGUGAUGAACACAGCUGAAUUGCUAAGUUCUGAUGCUGUAGCUAUGACAUGGGGAGAAGCUGUGUUAGGUCCCGCUGUUCGUGUAUUGACGAUUUUGGUUUCGUUUAGUGCAUUGGGCAGUGCCAAUGCAAAAAUUUAUACUUCUGGUCGUUAUUUUAUGGUCGGCGCACGUUAUGGAUACUUACCUGAAAUGUUUUCUUGCAUUCAAAAACAACGAUUAACACCAUUACCGAGUAUUGUACUUAUGACUAUUCUCAGUAUUAUCUAUUGUAUUCCCAGUAAUAUUGGGAAUUUAAUCGGAUUUGUCAGUUUCGUUUCUUGGAUGUUUUUUGGGUUGACAUUUCUUGCCACAAUAUUCUGUAAAUUUACCAAAGCUAAAGCCGAUCGAGUUAUUAAAGUACCAAUACCUGUAAUAAUUUUUAUGAUAUUAGUUUCUAUCUAUCUUGUUAUUGCACCUGUUAUAUCCAGUCCAAAUAUUGGAUAUCUUGUUGCGCUCAUUAUUCUGCUUGUCGGCUUGUUAGUCUAUAUAUCAUUCGGCGGCGAAUUGAAAAAUGAACAGAACUGUAUAUCAUCUGAUGAGCUAAAACUAAAAAUGGUUAUUAAUAAUAGAAACAUAUUCUAUCUAAGAGAUUGUGCACAAGAAUUUUUGAACGGGGAUGGCGAUUAUUGUACUUAA